AAGUCGAAUGAACAGAUCCGACCAGCUCUGCGUUCACGCCGUCAUCAUCGGUCUUCAGGCACACUCCCGCUUUACAAAUCGGUUCGUUUCGACUCAGCCCUGGAGAAUAUUAUCUAUUUUCAUGAGAUGGACCGUCCCUUCGAUGUGAGGAAAGAUACAUCACCUGUCACAGAUUGUGACGAAACCGAUUUGUUCCCACCUCCAUAUAAGAGUCUCAAAAAAAGGACAUCGUUUUAUGAAUGGGAGUUAUUUACCCCUAGCUUCCCUCAUCAUACUACCGCUCAUGAAACCAUGCCCGUCAGGCUUGAGAGGGUAUCUCUUUGCAAUAAUCAAAUGGCUAUACUAGGUUCCGUUAUAGUGGCCAACUUGGCAUUCGAAAAGUCAGUCAUCUGCCGUUUUACAUUCGAUUUCUGGAAAACUAUUUCGGAAACUACAGCCAAAUACGAUUAUAAAACUAAUCCUGGCGAAAUACCCGGAUAUGAUCGAUUUGUUUUCUCUAUAAUGCUGGCUGAUACUAUUGACUUUGAGGCACAGCCUUUAUUCCUUUGUAUACGCUAUGAUGUUAACGGACAAGAAUACUGGGAUAAUAAUUCCGGUACCAACUUUCAAGUUGACGUUAUA